AUGGGGUUUUCAAAUUUUCAAUCAAUUAAAUCUAAAAAAUUCAUCGCAAUUAUCGUAUUAUCAUUUUUAUUACACCUGACGUUAUGUGAUAUUCAAUAUUUAAAAAGUAUUAACGAAGAUUUUGAAAAUGAUUUAACAUUUGAAGAAUCUAAUUCAAAUCCAAACGGAAUGAUUUUAUUACGAUUUUCUAAAAACAACAACAAUAAUAUAUAUUUAAGAAUCGUUCCCGUAAAUGGAUCUACUAUUUAUAUUACAGUAAAUAAAUCAUUUACUACCUCAAAAAUGAAUGCAGUUAUUUUAAAUGAAGAAUAUAUUUUGAUAUUGUAUGCGGUAAAAACCAAUACAUUUGGGUUGCUUUCGUCAUGGACCGGAGAUAUAAUUGAUAUUAUCGAUCUUGAAAUUGUGUGGUAUGAUACUGGGCUAAAAAGUACAGGACCGAGCCUGUCGUACGGCUUAUUUAUAAACAAAGACGUAUUCUCGUUUGCUGGCGUCAGAGAGAAUGUUGUUAUUUGGAAAAGGUUUAAACUUCCGAAUAUAUCGGACUCUAAUGAUAGAAAUGUGAUACGUAUAACCGAAGGGAAUUUUUCAAAUCCGUUAUAUAAUUUAACAUUAAAUCCGAUUCCUAGAGUGAAAUAUUUUCAACUUAUCGAUGGCGGAUUUGGAUUUGCCAUAAGUUAUCGUAAUGAAAAAAAUGGAUAUAAAAUCGAUGAAAUUUACGUAAACUUUUUGGAAGCUGAUGCAACUGAACCGUUAGGACCUUAUUUACUAAAUUCAUUCAAAAACGAAUCAAUUCGUAUCGAGGUUGAUGGUUGCAUUAAUAACUUUGAUGGUACCGGAUAUACAUGUACUACUUAUGAGGAAGGUUCCGGAAGUUCCCAAAUUCGUUUUCUCUCAACUGGCGCAGUUAUGUCUGUUGGUUACACCAAUAUUGACAUUUAUAGUUAUAAUUUUGGAUCGUUUUUUUAUCCCAAUUUUUAUGGUGGAUAUAUUGGCUUUAUCGUCAACAACAAUGAAAAUAAGAUUGAUAUUUAUGAUUAUUAUGGAGUCAUAUCUAGUAGUGAAAUAAAUAAAUAUAAUGGCAGUUUAUAUAAUGUAAAAAAUAUAAAUGUAAUUCAAAAACAAAAUGUUUUUUGGAUUUUACAGAAGUUUGAAGAUAAUUACGCAAUCAAUUACUAUUCUUUAAAUACUAUUGAUCCAUCUGAUUAUCGUUACAUAUUUCAAAAUCCAAAUAUUAAUAACACGUCACCAAGUAUCAAUGAUACCAUUUAUUUACCAAAUGAGAAUUUACAAUUGAAGAUAAAUUACAAUAUUCCUGUAAUUUUAUCAACUGGAAAAUUGACGAUAUAUCAGUAUGACGAGAAGGACAAUUUGAUUUUAAGACAGAUAAUUUCUGGACAAAAUUAUGAUUAUUGUAAUGUGCUUAACGAUACAGUGUCUAUCAAAAUUUUACCUAGCACAUUUCACAAAGGCUAUGCUAAAUUUGGUGUUCGAGUUGAUAAUAAUUUUGUCAAGUCUCGAAAGACAAAAGAACCUUUACUCGGAAUUUCAGAAAAUAUAUGGACAUUUUCAACUCAAUUAAAAGAACAAGAUGAACCAGCAGAUCAAUUAAUCCUUUCCAUUAAAUUAAAUUUUAAUAAUGCAUCGACUGCAUAUUAUGAUGAAAUAAAUUCUCAAAAAUUUGGUCAACUUGAGAAUGAAUUAUCUAAAAUAAUACCUAUAAAUCAAACAAGAUUAAAAAUUAAUCGUAUUCAAAAUUUAAAUGAUGAUCAGAAUGAUCAGAUUUUAAUAUCCAUCGCUGUUAAUAAACCAUACUUAAAUGAUUAUAGCAUGGAACGAAAUACUGAAUCAGUAAAGAAAGAUCUGGACGAAUUAAUUAAAAAUAAGGAUAUGAAUCUUAUAUCUCAAGAAAAAUUUACCAGAUUUAUAGAUAAAAGUUAUGGGGCUACACUAACUCCUGAAUUUUGGUCUAUUGAAUUAAUUGUCAAUAUAGUCUUGAUUGCUCUUGUGAUCAUUAUUUAUUGUUUGCUUCAAUAUUAUAUGAUCAUCUUGAUUGUUUAUGAUUUAAUAUUGGAUAUUACUUUUCUUCUUUCUAACGCUAAUGACAUUCCUGGUUUGUACAUAUAUAGCUUAUUAUCAAUUAUAAUUCCAAUAGCUUUGAAUACAAUAGUGACUUUAUACUUAUUAUGCCAGGAAAUUAAAUAUAACGAAAAUUUUAGAGAUUGGUGUCAUGACAAUACAGUAACCAUUUCAUCAUGUACAAUUUUAUCGUGUGUUGAUGUAGAAGCUCUUCAUAUAUUAAACACAUUCAUUAAUGAUGAUAAACCGAAUCUUAGACUUGGAUUAUUCAAAGCUUUAUUUUCCGCACCUGAAUUUGAAAAGAUUACUAAAUGGGUAACAUAUGCUG